GCACCAGUCGCUCCUUUCGCCCCAUCCAUCCGCUGAGACAGGCACUGAGGUAGCCGCCUAAACACUUCCCGUCGGCCCCCGCGGCGCCCCCGGAACAGGCAGGGAAGCAGCCGCCCGGCGUGGUUCGGCGAAGAUGCCCAAGUCCAAGCGGGACAAGAAGGUUUCUUUAACAAAAACCACCAAGAAGGGCUUGGAAGUGAAGCAGAACUUGAUAGAAGAGUUACGGAAAUGCGUGGACACCUACAAAUACCUCUUUAUUUUUUCCAUCGCCAACAUGAGGAACAACAAGCUGAAAGAUAUUCGCAACGCUUGGAAGCACAGCAGAAUAUUCUUUGGAAAAAACAAAGUGAUGAUGGUUGCGCUGGGACGGAGCCCGACAGACGAAUACAAAGACAAUCUACACCAGGUCAGUAAGCAUCUCCGCGGAGAGGUUGGCCUCUUGUUCACCAACCGCACCAAAGACGAAGUCCUGGACUGGUUCUCUCGCUUCAAAGAGACGGACUUUGCCCGAGCCGGAAACCAGGCCACCUUCCCCGUCCACCUGGAUAUGGGGCCCUUAGAGCAGUUCCCGCACUCCAUGGAGCCUCAGCUGCGGCAGCUCGGCCUGCCCACGACAUUAAAAAAAGGCGUGGUCACGCUGCUCUCCGACUACGAAGUCUGCAAAGAGGGGGACGUCCUGAACCCCGAACAGGCCCGGAUCCUGAAACUCUUUGGCUACACAAUGGCGGAGUUCAAGGUGACGAUACGGAGCGUGUGGACGGCGGAAACGGGAGAUUUCGAACUGCUGCAGGAAAACGGGGAGGAGGACCUUGCAGAAGGCAUGGACGAGGGCGAGGAGGAGGACGACGAUGAGUGGGAUACAGUUUAA